AUGGGCCAAGCCGGAUUUGCUUAUGCUUUUCCAAAAUGGCAGAAAGAAUAUGGAGACAUUUAUUGCCUCUUUUUUGGAGCGUUCCCUGAUAUAGUUGUCGGUGACCCUGAAAUUAUAGGAGAAGUCCUGGUGAAAAGUUUCUCGAAUUUUACGAACAGACCUUUGGGCUUUCAGCUGGAUGAUUAUGGUGCAGCUAUGUUAACUGCUGCAAAAGACGACCACUGGAAAUAUCUUCGUACUGUUUUGGCACCAUCUUUCAGUUCGAAAAGAAUGCGUGAGACGGUUCCUUUGAUUGAAGAUGUCCUGAAGACUUUUGACAAGAAAUUAAAUGAUAUUGCAGAAAGCAAGGAAGCAAGAGAUGUCACUGAUUUGUUUUCUGGUUAUACAAUGGAUGUGAUUGCGUCAACUGGUUUUGGAAUUAAGCCGCUUUCAAUUUGUCUCACUCUCAUACCCUUUUCCAAUUUGUCUCUCUCUAUCUCACUCACCCACUUUGAAUUUGUUUCUCUCUCUCACUUCCACUUUGAAAUGUCUCUCUCUCUCUCUCUCACUUCCACUUUGAAAUCUCUCUCUCUCUCUCUCACUUCCACUUUGAAAUCUCUCUCUCUCUCUCACUUCCACUUUGAAAUGUCUCUCUCUCUCUCUCUCUCACUUCCACUUUGA